GAAGGUAAUCAGUUUGAAGACAGAAGUAUCAACAAAAUGUGGCUGGUUCGCCAUCUUGAGGUUACCAGGCAACUGAUGUUGGAGGACCUUAAAGUAGUGAAGCAAAUGCUGCAGCCUAUUUCCCCACCAGAAUAUAACAUUGUGAGAAAGUAUGUUCAGAUGUAUCAUAAAGCCUUGUCCAAUCAUUUUCAAGAUAUGAUCCAGCAAGGGCUAGAAGGAAAUGAAAUCGUGACCCUUCUGCAGUGGGUGGGGAUUUACAAUUCCCCUGAACUUAUGAGGCACCCGGCGUUGGACUUUGACACCAAAGAAUUUGGUCCUUUGUUAGAAACCACAGCCAUAGAUGAACUACAAAAUCAAUAUCUAAAGAACAUGAAGUUAAACAUAAUGGAAUGGACCAAAAACUCAUUGACACAAGACCAAAAG